CUCCAGUCAACCAAACAAGUGGUAUAGCAAUAAUACGAAAAAUGGAGUGAUAUCAAGCCGUUUUAUCCCAGCCAAACACGCAGCCUCUGUUUCUGAAUUGUGAUGGUGAAAGUACACAAUUAAGCCACAAAAGCCAUCAUCUGAUUGCCCUCUUUGUUUCAUCUGACAUCAAACAGAUUCAGACACUCCUCUCUACAUUCUGCGAGCUCUACAUUUCUCUCCAAUUAUUCUCUCCGUUGAGAAAUUUGCGUCACUUAGGGUUUGCUAUUUGAGUUAAUUGCUAGAAAUAUGGAGCUGAUGCUUAAAGGCCCAAGGAAGAAGAAUGAGAAAAGGAGGCGUAGCUGGUCAAUGAAGGAAGAGGAAGUCUUGAUCAAUGCUUUGAAAGAUAUCAUAUCCAAAGGCUGGAAAUGCGAAAACGGUUUCAAAACAGGAUAUCUGAGGCUACUUGAACGUGUAAUGAUGAAAGCUUUUCCAGACACGGACAUUAAAGCCGAACCUCACAUAAACUCAAAGAUUCACGUUUGGAAAAAGCAUCACGGGUCAUUGGCUUCUAUGCUCAGGGUAGAUGGCAUAAGUUGGGAUGACUCAAAGAAAAUGAUUGACGCUCGGGAAGACGCGUGGAACUCGUAUGUAAAGAUAGAUACCAAUGCUCGCACGAUGAGAGCCAAGUCCUGGCCAUUCUACCCCGACUGGUGCGAAAUAUUCGGCAAGGACAGAAUCAUUCGCGAGAACAACGCCGUUGAUUUCGUUCACGAAAUCGAAACUCCAAACAAAGGAAAGGAGAAAGAAGCAGAAGCUGUUGCUGCUGCUGCUGCUGUCGAGGCAUGCUGCAUAUUUGACGAGGAAAACGAGAUGUCUGUUUGUCAGCCUGAGAGCGGCGGUGGGGCCCACACUAAGAAGAAAAGGAAAGCUCCAGCAGCAGCAGCCUCUGAGUGCAGUUCGGACCCUUUUGUGGAAGCCAUAAAUGUUUUCUGUGACAAAUUGGAUGCGAGGUUCGAGGACAUUGCGCGGAGGAUCGGUUAUGAGUAUGACGUGUCGACUGCAAGGAGGCAGGUGUACGCUGAGCUUGGGAAGAUUCCGGGCAUAUCAGUUAAAGAGAAGUUGACCGUGGCUAAAUUUCUGGUCAACAACACGGGUGAUUUGGAUCUUUUCAUCAGCCUCCCGGAUGAAGAUAAAGCCGAGAUGGUUAGAUUGAUGUUAACCGGAGAAUACUGAUCUCAGUCAUGUUCUAACAUUUGUUUUGUUCGAGUUCACCUGAGUUGUUAUGUAAAUUCUGGAGCUUGUGCUGAUAGUAUAUGGUUGUACCUCGUACCCCUAUUAUUAUUAGGUAUUACUAGGUUACUUAGACUGUUGUAGAUUUUUUUUUUUUUUUUGUU